AGAAAGUUCACUUGAUCAACUGGAACAGCGAAUAAUUCGAUCAGAUCAUCACCUCCUCCGGAAGCAAUCAUUGUUGGGAAUCCCUGACCUUGGAUUCCUUCAUAACAAAUUUUUGGUGGCAGCGAUGGGAUCCACACAGUAUCGAAUUCUACGGAAAGCUGUUGGAUUCCGAUAACAUAAUCAUCUUCUUCGACGCAGAGCUCUCCAGCAUCAAUCCAGCAGGACCCUACGGAGCUACAUUGGAUCACGGACACAACUGGGACAGUGGUAGGAGAAUGCAGCUACACAGGACUAUCUACGGAUUAUUAAUAAUCGCCGCAACCUGGACCAUCGAGGCCUUGAAUAUUAGAAAGUUGGACUUUCCUGGCGUUUAUUUUAAACAUAUGGGGGAAACUCAUUUCAUAAAUAGUGAAGUAAGUUUAAUCAGAACAUUAGACAUAACGGAAAUAGAAAUGGAAAUAGCGAAUAUAAGACAAUUAGUUUUGAGUAUUAAUAAUCUAUGUAUCGAGGAACUUAAACAAUGUAAAACCCUUAAAUUAAACAGUGAACUUCAUAUUCGAAGACUAAAUAAUAACUUAAAUAGCGUCUAUGGUCUUUUGGGAAUCAGCCCAAACAUUCGACUCAAACGUGGACUCGUUAAUUUGGUGGGCUCAGGCUUGAAAUUUUUAUUUGGUACUAUGGAUGCAACCGACUCUGAAAAAAUGAAAGCAGUUUAAGACACAGUUGAAAAGAAUGAGCUCAAUGUUAAAAUCGGGAUGGAGAAAAAUUUACUUUUGAUAAAAGAAAUCAAUAAACAGUCUAAAAUGAUAAAUAUGGAACAGGACACAAUUACAUCACGGAUAAAUGAAAUCAUCAAUGAAAUCGAGGAAGCUAAUAAUCAUGCAAAUGAACAUGAAAAACUGAUCAGAUUGGAAUUAUACUACGAAGAACUUUUCUCAAAAAUAAAUCAUAAAAUCGAGGUUACUGAUAUGAAAAUUGAAACUUUUCGAGACUCUCUAUUAUUUUUACAAACGGGAAUUCUACAUCCGUUUAUUUUAGAACCGGAGCAACUUCUGGAACAACUGAACAGAUUGCAGGAAAAAGAUAAUUUAGCCAUUGAUCCUUUAAUAAGUAACUACCAACA